CACCUCAGUUUCGUUUGAGCCGUUGCAUGAUUAACAUAUCAACUCCACAUAUCAUUUUUGCGUGUGUGUAUUCUCAAUAAAAUUGUGCAGUUUUACACAAGUUUUUAGCUAAGAUAUUUGAUCGAAUCGAGUGGUUUUGGGCAAAGAAGUGCAGCUGUUCAAUCAAUUUUCCGGAAAACACCGCAGGCAAAGAAAAAAGUAUCGAUAGUCUACAAAGGCAAAGGCAGUUGGAAGAGCGUUGAGAGAAGCGAAGUGUUUGUGAGUGUUGCUGAGCAGUAAUUUUGGGUAAAGAAAAAAAUCAUUAAGUUUUUCUUUAUUUAGAGUGCACUUUGUGUUGAUAGUGUCGUGGAUUUGAUUGUGAAAUUUUUACUUUUGGGGAGGAGAGGUUACCUUUUAUUUGAGAAAAGUUACCACGUGAGUUAGUUUUUUUUUCUUCCAUGUUAACGAAGGAAGUAAGCAGCUGUGAACGGCUCUUUUAGAAAACAAAAAUUAAAUAUACCUAGUAACAGGUUUCCAUAGUGCAUACAAAAGAUUGAGCGAGUGUAUCAUCGACACGGAAUACAAUAUGAAAAUGUCGGCUGUCGUACGAUUGUGCUGUAAUAUGAUUUCUCUCCUGCUGUGCAUAACUGUGAUAAGUCCCGUAUAUGGAAUCUUUGAUCGGCUGGUGGUACAAACGAGCAGUGGCCCUAUUCGGGGUCGUUCAACAAUGGUGCUAGGCCGCGAAGUGCAUGUGUUCAAUGGAGUACCUUUUGCAAAACCGCCGGUCGAUGGUCUGCGCUUCCGUAAGCCCGUUCCAGCUGAACCGUGGCACGGUGUUUUGGAUGCCACACGAUUACCUCCGUCGUGCAUUCAGGAAAGGUAUGAAUAUUUUCCCGGCUUCGCAGGCGAAGAGAUGUGGAAUCCAAAUACCAAUGUGUCGGAGGAUUGCCUGUAUCUGAAUAUCUGGGUUCCAACCAAGACCCGAUUGCGCCACGGUCGCGGCCUAAAUUUUGGGAACAACGACUACUUUCAGGACGAUGAUGACUUCCAGCGCCAGCACCAGUCCAAGGGUGGUCUUGCCAUGCUAGUGUGGAUCUACGGUGGUGGUUUCAUGAGUGGUACAUCGACCUUGGACGUGUACAACGCUGAAAUGUUGGCGGCAGUUGGGAACGUAAUCGUUGCGUCCAUGCAGUAUCGGGUAGGAUCAUUUGGGUUCUUCUAUCUGGCCCCCUAUCUGAACGACGAUGAUGCACCUGGUAAUGUUGGACUGUGGGAUCAAGCCCUGGCCAUUCGAUGGCUGAAAGAAAAUGCCAAAGCCUUCGGUGGUGACCCAGACCUAAUAACCCUGUUCGGUGAAUCCGCCGGCGGCAGCUCGGUGAGUUUACAUCUACUGUCUCCGGUCACGCGGGGUCUAUCACGGAGAGGAAUCCUGCAAUCCGGAACGCUCAAUGCACCAUGGAGCCAUAUGUCUGCCGAAAAGGCCCUCUCGGUGGCAGAGGCACUAAUCGAUGACUGUAACUGCAAUGUGACACUUUUAAAGGACAAUCCAAAUUAUGUAAUGAAUUGUAUGCGAAACGUUGACGCGAAGACCAUCUCGGUGCAGCAGUGGAACUCGUAUUCGGGAAUCUUGGGAUUCCCUUCGGCGCCAACCAUCGAUGGAGUUUUCAUGACUGCCGAUCCGAUGACAAUGCUGCGGGAAGCCAAUCUGGAAGGAGUGGAAAUACUGGUUGGCAGUAAUAGGGAUGAAGGCACAUACUUUCUGUUGUACGAUUUCAUCGAUUAUUUCGAGAAGGAUGCAGCGACGUCGUUACCGAGGGAUAAGUUCUUGGAAAUAAUGAACACCAUCUUCAGCAAAGCAUCUGAGCCGGAGCGUGAAGCGAUUAUAUUCCAGUACACCGGCUGGGAGAGCGGAAAUGAUGGCUACCAGAACCAGCAGCAGGUGGGCCGUAGCGUAGGAGACCAUUUCUUCAUCUGUCCAACUAACGAGUUCGCCCUUGGACUGGCCGAGCGAGGAGCUUCGGUGUAUUAUUACUAUUUCACUCACCGCACAAGUACAUCGCUUUGGGGUGAAUGGAUGGGCGUCUUGCACGGGGAUGAAGUGGAAUACAUCUUCGGGCAACCCAUGAACGUUUCGAUGCAGUACCGACAGAGGGAACGAGAUCUCAGUAGGCGUAUGGUGCUUUCUGUUAGCGAAUUUGCGCGAUCUGGAAAUCCAGCUCUGGAAGGGGAGCACUGGCCGGUGUACACGAAGGAGAAUCCAAUUUACUUCAUUUUCAACGCGGAAGGUGAGGAUGAUCUACGGGGCGAAAAGUACGGGCGAGGUCCAAUGGCGACAGCAUGCGCUUUCUGGAAUGACUUCCUACCCCGCCUAAGAGCUUGGUCAGUGCCCCCCAAGUCUUCGUGCAACAUUUUGGAACAGACCUCGGCGGCUACCAUCUUGUAUGUGGAUAUCAAAAUCGUAACCGUGCUUAUGGUGUUCAUUCUCGUAAGAUUAUACUAGACUCGACUCCUACAGCUACCCGCCCACCUUAAUCUUAUAAAGACGCGAAGAAGUUAAACGACAUAUCUUCAAAUAGAUACACCUAGAGCAGGUAAAAUUGGAGCUUUACAUGUAGCUAUUCCAUACCACGAGAGGACAUUACUACAGCUGUGAAAACGUAUGUUGAGCGUUACUGAGAAAGUUAAUUAGGAACAAUAAAUUGCCCAUCUCUCAAUCGUCAUGUGAACUUGCGGAUGUAUAUGAGGACCUAGGAAUACGAAGAUUGCAUUGAGGAUAGUUUCAUGAAGACUGGAGUGGUUUAGAUGCUGAUAAUCGAUGAGCGUCAUCAGGACUCGAUACGAUUGAAUGCAUGAAUUGAGCUUGAUUGGUGAGGCGCUGGCGCUUUUUACACCAUCAUUUUGUUGAGACACACACACAGUCACACAUACACAUACUGACACACACGCACGCUUAAAUAUAUCAAUGCCCGUAUGGACCAGAUUGUUUCUGUUACAUUUCGUGAAAUGAUUGAAGGACGAAUUUGUCUUCGACAGUAGGAUUAUAACUAGUUUGACGUGUACAAGGUACAAAAACUUGCUUCCAAAUGUAAUUGAAAUGGCAAUCCUACAAAACGUUAUUCGAUCCAAUGUCAUUGAACGGAAUGUCCUAGAACCGGGUAAAAUGGAGAUCUACAAUAGUAUCAAACGAAACAUAACCUGAACAUAAUGAAGCGUAUGAAAAGAAAGCUUGAAAUACAUUUUAUACGAGCAUGAGAAAACCAUUAGUUAUUAGUGAUUGGGCAUAGUAGAAAAGAACAAAAAAUACUUGUUGGAUGUGCUGUUAAUUUACCUGCUUCAUGUGAACUUUAUCCUUUGUUUUCAACAACUCCGACAUUAAUCACCAGUUGGAAGCGUUUUUUUAUUUUCCAAGUUGGCAAGACAGUAGUAGAGCUGAUGAAAGAUAACUGUUUCGAUGUUUUAGAUGUUGAAUUGUUACAAAAAAUAUUCAAAACACCUUAUUAAUAACAUAAUGAUAUCAAUGCACAUAUCAAUGGUUCAAAGUCUGCUGAAUAGAUCAUGUAUAUCGAACAAAAAUUUGAAGAAAUAUGGGAUUCAGACAAAAAUGUAUCUUUAAUAAGUACGAUACAAUUAAUAAUUUUAUGUCUUAUGACUGAAGUUUAUUUGUUUAAGUUGGCUAACGUGCAACAGUUUGGUUCGCAUUGUAGAAUAGUAGUGAUAUUAAAGUUAAGUUGAAAAAAUAUAUAUAUACAUCAGUGAUGGAAAAAUAUAUAGUAUGUGAAAUAAUACAAUUUUACAACUAACCUACAUUUUAAAGCAUUCCAUUUAAUCCUUCAAAGUGCAAAUUAUGAGGGAGCGUUAUAUGCCCUAAAACCAAAUACAUAUCACUAAAAGUUAGACGAAAACAAAGUGGAAGCAAACACAAUGACUGCACGCUUUUUUGUGUGUCGUAAAAAUACGGAGAAAUCAAACCUAAG